GGAGGGGUUCCAACAGACAUUCGCUCUCGCUUCCUUCACGACAGGCCAAGCGCUACUCGAGGGGAGAAAGCACCGAUUUUUAGUCGGUGCUGGAAUUUGCCUUCCCACGUUAGUUUCCCGAGCGGCGGAGAGCUUUGAAGGAUGUGGGUCCAAAGUGACGGCUGUGCGGCUGCAGAGUCGGACGGAGGGAGCGAUUCGUCCUCCGGAGAGGAGGGAGACAUUCAGUUCGAUCUCCUGGAGAAGCAGAGGGAUGAGGCCAAUCAGAGACUGUCUGAGCUGGAGGAAGUCUCCAAUCAGCUCCUGAAGGAGAUGAAUGUGCUGGAGCUCCAGUUCCAGAUUGAACGCUCAUGUAGGGAGAGCGCUGAGGCGAUAGCUGUGCAGGUGACCAAAGAGAACAAAACCCUGAAGAGGAGGAGCCAGAUGCUGCUGCCGCUCAUCCCGGAGCUGCCCGAAGGCCCGGCCGCCGUGGCCUCUGACCCGGACGCUGACCUCGCGGUCGACCUCGGCGGGGACGCUCGCGGCGCGGAGACGACGCUGCUGCUGCUGGAGAACCAGGCCAAGAUCGCCGAGCUGCAGGCGUCGGUGGACGGUCUGCUGGCCGACAAGCUGCAGCUGGAGCAGGAAAAAGAAGAUCUGACCAAACAGCAGGAUCAGCUCAGAGAGCAACUGGCUCUGGAGGUGGAGGAGAAGGAGGCCAUACUGAGGAGCAUGAGCAAGCAGAGCAAGACCAUGAAUAAAAUCAAACGAGUCUCCCAGCUUGUCACGGAGGAGUUUGCGGAAAUGUCUCAGAGACUGGAGCUGGAGGAGGGCCGCAGGCAGCACGCGGAAGUCCUCGCCCACCAGAUGAUGGUGGAGCAGCGGAGCGCGGUGACCGGCCUGCAGCUGCAGCAGGCGCUGGAGCAGAUAUCCGACAUCAGCACAGCCCUGAGUGACGUGCAGCGCUACUACCUGGACCAGGUGAGACAGAGCAGCGUCGCCGCCGAGCUGCAGAGCCUGCGGGAGCAGCUGCAGAGGAGCGAGGUGCAGAAAGAGGCCCUGGAAAGUCGGCUGUCCGAGGCGGACGGCGCCGGCGCGCAGCUCCACGAGGAAGACGCUGGUGAGGAAAAGUCAAUGUGUCACCGUCUUCCUUUUUCAGUGAAACAGUUCCGAGGAACACUGACAAGUGGUGAACUGGUGGAGAACUCGCCUCCGCCUCCGCCCCCUCCCCCUCCACCGCCUCCCCCUCCUCCACCUCCCUCUACCUUUGUCAAUUCACUUGAUUUCCUGAGGAGCAGGAGGAAAGAUGGGGCCAGUAAAGGUGAUCCGGUGAACAAACCGGCGCCCUCGUCGGACCCGAAGACAAAAGCAGUGGAUGAAAUGAUGGAGAGAAUAAAGAAAGGAAUCAUGCUGAGGCCCAUGAAGAGAGUGCAGGAGGAUGACAGCUCGUGGCGGGACCAGAGGAGUGAAAACAGAAAAUCAGCAGUUCUGGAGCUGAAAGGAAUGCUGGACGACAUGAAGCGCAAGCAGCACCGCAGAGCGCCCUCCAGGAGGGGAAUCGGCCAAAACGUCGGGGAGGCGGAGCUCCUGCUGGUGCUCCAGAGGCGGAGGAGAGCGAUGGGGGAGAACCAGGACCCGCCCGCCUCCGCGCAAUCACCGGACCCCCAGCCGUGCGGGGCAACACUGUGCGUCCCGGCGGCAGGAGAUGCUCCCUGGGCGGCGGAGAGCGGCGGCGGCGGCGCCCCGGUGCUCCGGAGGCUGAAACAGAACCGGGAGAAGAGGGACUCUCGUAUCCGGGCGUCGGCGCUGAUCGUCGGCCAAGAAAACUGAGGUCAAGUCAUGUUCAUGCUUGCUCACCUCAGAACAUCACCACUGUUUUAUAUGAUGUUAGAGUGCAGCAUGUGUUUAUUGACCUAUAUUUUGGGGUGGAAAGGAAAAAGGUUAAAUAAAGACUUGAGUUCA